AUGAAGAAGCUUUUUGGCUUCGGCAGUAAGACGACUGUGCUGUCCGCCGGCUCCUCUGGGGAGGGCGGUAGUGGAGUCAACCGGCUGCCCGGGUACCAUGUCCGAGACAAGGAUCUCGGGAAGAUACACAGAGCAGCCUGUGAGGGCGAUGUGGCCAGAGUGCAGCAGAUCCUGCUGCUCAGGAAAAAUGGCCCCAGCGAUAAAGACAAGAAGAACAGGACUGCUCUGCAUCUGGCCUGUGCCGGUGGCCAUCCAGCAGUGGUGACUCUACUAGUAAAGUGGAAAUGCCAGCUUAACGUAUGUGACAGUGAGAACAGGACAGCGCUGAUAAAGGCUGUCCAAUGCCAGCAAGAAGAAUGUACCAGUAUUCUGCUGGAACAUGGUGCCGACCCAAAUCUUGUGGAUGUCAGGGGCCGCACAGCCCUCCACUAUGCUGCCUUUGGUCCGAAUAUCUCCAUCGCAGCAAAGCUGCUUUCAUACAAUGCUAACAUAGAAGCAAGAGACAAGUAUCACCUGACACCGCUUUUACUUGCUGUCAGUGAAAACCAACAGCAAAUGGUGGAAUUUUUGUUACAGAAAGAAGCCAACAUACAUGCAGUUGACAAGAUGAAAAGGACGCACAACUUGAUUUUGGAAUAUAAAGGAAAAAAGGGACCUAAAACUCCUUCUCGAGAUAGUAAACAAGCUUCUCCAGAAAAACAUCCUCACUCGAAGCCUCCAGUUGGAGUGAAAAAUGUUGUUCGUAAAAAAACAGUUGGAACAAAGGAUUUGCAAACGUCCAGAUCAGACUCUCAGUGUCAUCACGUCAACUCAGGGAGCCUGGUGGCCUCCAGGUCAGCUCCUUCUGCCUGUGUUGGGGCCUGGACAGUCUCUCAAGGCAGUAGGAAGGGAAUCUUGCACAUGUUCCUCUGUCUUGGCGAGAAGCAGAUGGCAGGAGGACGUUCUGUUAGCUUAGGUGCAGUUCUUACACACAAACGACCACUAGAACUUGAAAACAACCGAGGUGAACUCCUUAAAGCAAAAGUUAAAAACAUGGAAAGUAUGAUCAGUGGCCUACGAAAGGAGCUAUCAGAAACAAAAGAAGUGAAGUCCCAGUUAGAGCAUCAAAUGGCAGAGUGGCAAGGAGAGCUCUGCAGCUUGAGAUUAUCCUUAAAACAAGAAGAAGAGCAAAGAAAAAAGGCAGAUAUGUUAUCUGAAGAAAUUAGAGAGCAGUUAAGAAGAGAAGAAGAGCAAUGUAGUAAAGAAACUGAGUUGAAACAGCAACUUGAACUCACUGUCGAAGGACUGCAAGGGGAAUUGAAAGCUGUGAGAGAUAGGUUGAACCAGAUUAACCGGGACAUCAUCACUUCCACUGAUGACAGGGAGGAAGCAGAGGGCCAGUUCAGAGACCCUAUGUUGGAUGUCAUCCUUCUCCUUGUUUCUGAUGGUCACGAAAAAGCAAUGAAUCUGUCGCAUGAAAAUCUCAUGAUGCAGGAUGAAAUUGCCACAUUAAAACGAGAAAUAGACACAAUAAAAAAUGAGAACCAGGAAAAGGAAAAGAAAUAUUUAGAGGACAUUGACAUUGUAAAACAAAAGAAUGAUGAACUUCAAAAGACAAUAAAACUUAAUGAGGAAAAAUUGACACAGACAUACAGUGGACAGCUUCAUGAUCUGACAGCUGAGAAUACAAGGCUGAAGUCUAAACUGAAGAAGGAAAAACAAAAGACAGAAAGCCUGGAAACAGAUGUUGCGUUAUAUUGUUCCAAGCUGACUACUGCCAUGAAUGACCAUCAGCAAAGUCAGACAUCAAAAAGAGACCUGGAACUCACCUUUCAGAGAGCAAGAGGUGAGUGGCUAUGCUUCCAGGACAAAAUGAAUUUGGAGAUGUCUAACCUGAAAGAUUACAACAAGCUACUUUGGCAGCAAUUGUCUGAAACCAAAAGUAAAUUCAGUAGCCUAGACAUUGAGAUGUAUCACACGAGAGAUGCUCUCAGAGAAAAGUCUUUGCUGUUAGAACAGGUACAGAGACAACUGAGCCAAGCACAGUGUCAGAAGAAGGAAAGUGAAGACCUGUGUCGACAUGAACAAGGCAAAGUGAAGGAAUACAUGGGCAAGCAGAAGCGCUUGGAGGAGAGAUUAGCCCAACUAGAGAGUGAAAACCUGUUGCUGCAACAACAGCUGGAUUAUGCGAAAAACAAAAUCAACAGCAAAGAGAAGAUGGUAAUGGAUAGCCAAGAACGGUUUCAGGAUAUCCUGAAGACCCUUCAAGACCAAAGGGAAAAGGAAAGCCUGAUGCUGGAGGAAAGCCUUAAGAAGUUAACCAAUGAGCUUCAUCUUCUCAAGGAGAGGCUGUCUCGGGCUGAAAAUGUGAAAACACAGAGAGCAGUAAGUAUCCAGAAAGAACUGGCUGAUACCCUAAAAAAGCUGUCCAGGUCAGAGGCUUCGCUGGAAGUCAAGUCAUGUUAUCAUGCUAAUUUAGAAGAUGAGGCAUAAGAUUUAAAAAAGAAAUUACAAAUCACAAGUCAAUUGCAAGAAGCACAAGAUCGAUAUAUGCAGGCCGUGAAAUGUACUGAGAAGAUGCAGGAUCAAAUGCAAAAGCUUGAAAAGGAAAAUGCCGAGUUACAAGUUACAAACAAAAUGCAAGCGGGCAAAAUUGAAGAGCUUCAGAAAAACCUGCCUGAGUCCAAGCUUGAAAAGGAAAAUGCCGAGUUAAAAGUUACAAACAAAAUGCAAGCGGGCAAAAUUGAAGAGCUUCAGAAAAACCUGCUGAGUCCAAGUUUGGUUGCGGAGAAACGCCACUUGCACCUGCGGAGCUGGAUGCAGUCCCUCCCAGGCCGCCCUGCCUGCGGGCCCCACGCACCGGCCACCAGCCACCGACUCCAUCGGGCUGCCCAGCAAGGCCAGCAUAGGCAGCAGGAGCAGAAGGAGCGCCGGCCGGCAGAUGGCCAAGACAUCUGGGAACCGACUGCACUGGAAAUCCCACGCAAGGCGCGCUAA